AUGCCGCCUAAGAGGGAUGUUCAGAAGCAACUUGAUGAUCAAGCAGAAGCUUUUCGUGAUGCUAUGGCUGAUCUUCGCCGUGAAUUCCGAGAAACCUUACAGGUUUCGAUUGAAGCAGCAAUGCGCACGGUGCGGGAAGCACAGCCCCAAGCCCCACAACGUCAACGUCGCCAGGAACAAGACCUUGCAGAGGAGGAAGAUGACGAUCUUGCCGAUGAGAACCCUUUUGCGGGACUGCAAGAGCAGCAAAUCCUACCACAAAAUCGUGAUGUGAUGGCAGCCCCUCGGGGUAAAAAUCGCAACUGGGAAUCUGGGUUUCGACUGGAGUUGCCUGAAUUUACUGGUAGUCUAAAGCCAGAUGAGCUCCUUGACUGGAUCAGCUCGGUGGAAGAACUCCUUACGUUCAAACAGGUGCCUGAUGUGAUGCGUGUACCGUUAGUGGCUACUCGCUUCAAGGGAAGGGCGUCAGCCUGGUGGCAACAGGUCAAAGAACAGAGAGCCCGAGCAGGCAAAGAGCGUUUGAAUUCAUGGGAGAAACUCAAACGGAUGCUUCGCAAGUCGUUCUUCCCUUAUAAUUACACACGUACGGUGUAUAACCAAUUACAGAAUUUGAGACAAGGAAGUAAAACCGUGGAUGAUUAUGCGUCGGAAUUUUUCACCCUUCUCUCACGUAAUACACUUCUGGAAACACAUGACCAACUGGUCUCACGCUUCAUUGGCGGAUUACGGCAACAAAUACAGAACAAUCUCUUGUUGUUCAAUCCAAAUAGUGUGUCGGAAGCUCAUCAACGGGCCAUAUUGAUCGAACAAAACAUCCGUUCUCAAGCUACUUGGCAAUCCACCGGCGGACGAGCUCGUACAAAUUCAACGGCAGAAUCCGCAACAACUACUCUUGACCCGCUGACCAAAGAAAAGCCUGCUCCCGUGCCAGACCAGGCUCAAAGAACGGCGCGACCCGCUACCUUUAAGUGCUUUAAUUGUGGAGAGAUUGGUCAUCGCCAAAACUCGUGUCCCAAGCGUGCCUUGAUCACUAAUGAUGAACCUAUUUAUGAUGAGGAAGAGGUGUUGGAAGACGAAACAAAACAAGAGGAACUUGUCAAUGGGGAUAUCGGCCAGCUGCUAGUACUUCGUCGCAAUCUGUUGAGCCCCCAAGGGAUACAAGAAUCGUGGCUCUGCACAAAUAUUUUUCACUCAUCUUGCACAAUACGCGGAAAGGUUUGUAGGUUCAUGAUAGACUCUGGGAGUUGCACCAAUGUUAUUUCAGAGGAAGCAGUAGCCAAGCUAGCAUUGUUCGCGGAACCGCACCCCAACCCUUAUAAGCUAGUAUGGCUCAACAAGCAAACAGAUAUUCGUAUUUCUCGACAGUGCAAAGUUCCUUUCUCAGUAGGAGCAACUUACAACGAUCUGCCGACCUGUGACGCUGUCCCCAUGGACGCAUGCCACAUGUUACUCG